GUGUGUGUGUGGGUUUAAGCCCUCAAUUAGCAAAGUGGGUUUAGAGAAAUGGCAGUACAGAGAGGACGUAACGGAAUGAUGGGUGAAGAAGAAGAUGAAGGUGGUUUAUUCGAAGAGGAUUUUGAGUUUGACGAAGAAGAAGAAGAACCUGAUUCUCACAUACCUCUUCACCUCCGUCAAAUUUUCAACGCCGUUGAAUGUGGUGACGUCGACGCUUUACGCCAAGCCCUAGAUGAUUUUAAUGGAAGCAUUGAUGAACCUCUAGAAGAUGGGGACACUGCUCUUCAUAUAGCUAGUCUGUAUGGCCAUCUGUCUUGUGUGGAGCUACUGUUAGAGAGGGGAGCUUCUGUGGAGGCUAAGGAUGAAGAUGGAGCAAUUCCAUUGCAUGAUGCUUGUGCUGGAGGAUACACAGAAAUAGCUCGUCUGCUAAUAAACAAUGCCCCUGACUCUGAAUGUGUGAAAAGGAUGAUGGACACCUUUGAUGAAGAAGGUGAUGCGCCUCUCCAUCAUGCCGCCAGGGGUGAACAUUUAGAUGUUAUCAGAUUAUUGAUAGCUUCAGGAGCUUCUGCUUGUAGGACCAAUUUAUUGGGAAGGACCCCUUAUGAGCUUGUUGAGCCUGAAAGUGAAGCUUACAGACUCUUAGACGAAGCUAUAUGUGCUGAACUUGGUCGUCCCUAUAAGGGACGGUCUUAAUAGAGAAAAUUGGGAUGCUUGGCUAUCGCCGAUAUGUUUCCCUUGUUUUGUAGAUACAAUUUUUUUUUUUAUCAGAACGAACUUUAGAAGCUGGGAGAUUAUGUAGAAAUAGGAGACUAAUGCUCCUGAAUGUUGCAAUACUCCUUAUAUAACGAGAUUGCAGAAUGAGAAAUACUCGUCUUUUUGAAGUGGUUGUCAAUGAUUCAUCAACUAGAAUGAUGGUAUAGGUGGUACAUUUCUGAAUUCUGAUCGAGUUGAACAGUCUGUAUUGGGAGAACUGGUCUCUUUUUGUCGGUCUAUACUCCCCCAUCUUCAAGGAAUACUUUUAAAGUUAGAA